UGGCAAGAGUGUAUCAUAGUAUCUAAGGCAUUUGAGUCAAUGUCUAAAUUAAUAAUUUCUUUUAAAGCUUGUUAAAAUAAUAUCAAACCAGCAAGAUCAAUGCGUCAGAUGGAUUAAUAAAACCAUACCAAUUACAGCAUGUUGCAAAAUAACAGCUUUAUUUCCAAGCAAUGCACAACAUCAAGUUAACGACGAGUUGAGUCAGGAAGAAAAAGAACAAAAAUCUUUUUAUUGCAAAUUUUGGCAAAAGAUGUUUGAAAAAUCAAACGUAACAUCUUUAAACCAAGCCGACAUCGUUACUAAUUUUGAAAAAAUAGUGACUGAUCGUGAUUGGUUGGGAGUAAUCAAGAGUAACAUCCAAAAAUGCAUCGAUUUCAGUUUUAAAAACGUCGAUUCUUAUCAAAUUAAAAUAAAUGCAACAAAAGAGGAAUGCGAUGGUGUAUUUUGUCAGUUUAUGGACUGCUUGGUGUUGCUUUUAUCAAUUUACUGCCCUGAUAAAAGCUUCAUGAAUUCUGACCAAUGUUUAGACGUUCGAAAGUUCUUUCAUUUGUGUGGUGAAAAUAAAGCAGCUGUUGAUGAUUAUAUUAAAGUUCAUUAUAAUAUAUGAAUUAGUGCUGCAGGUACCUGAGGUCUGCAUACAUAUUCCAAAG